AUGGAGUACGCCUCCAGUUCGGCUUGUUCGACUUGUUCGACGGUGUCGAACCAACUCGAUCCUGAGUUAUGCUUCUGGGAUGAAGACUCGGUCCCAACUGAAGACGACAAGGGGUUUCAGGAUCUCAUUCAGCGAGAUGCCCGGAGUCCAGAUGCUACAAUCUUCAGAGCCGAGGAUGGAGAAUGCAGCGAGUGGCUCUCACAUCCUGACCGCUACUGCACUUCUUUAUUUGGGGACCACGUGACUACUGCAACCACCAAUGCGUUCGGGCAUCUCAUCCAGUUCGGCACUUAUCUCGGUGCUGGUAGGUCGGGAAUGUUCUGUGCUGACCAAGAGGACACUGCCGAGCCUUGCCUGGUAAGGAGUAGGGCCAUUAAGCUGGACGAGUUUUCGCGAGAAUGUGACGAAGGCAUGUACGCGAAUGUCUCGGUCCAAUGGAUGAUCCACGACGGAAUAGUCAUGCAGCAAUAUAUUGUGGACAACCUGGGCACUGGCGACAUGAAAAUGCUAAUCAAAUUUGGACGAGACAUGUGCAUCAGAGACCUCGACGUCGAAGACUCUGAUUACGGUUUCAACGAGGAUAGCGUCGACAAGAACCACAUGCCGCCUGGCCCAAAUAGCUAUAGCUGGAUAUGCGUGCACACGAUGACUCCCUCCGGCGAUGGUGGAACAGGAGUUGGCUUCGAAUCUAUCGCAGUUGUCGUGUCAAUUUUCCUGAACGGCACUGCAGUCAAGUGGAAUAAUGGACCAGAAUGGCAUCACGCCAUCAAAGGGAGAGGAAGCCAAGACUCGUCCACCAUCAUGGAAGUCGUCGUUGCUUACAGAAUGGUGCGAUUGACAAAUGCGAAAAUAGACUGGACCAGAUUCUUGAUACCAGUUAAGGCAGUUGGAAUCAACCAGCUACUUUGA